UCUGGUUCAUCAUGGACACCAUCUGUUGGCCGCCAUGUCUCCUCUUCGCUUCCCUUCACCACCAUGCCAGGCUUUAGUGAGAAGCCAAUUUUGAUAGAUGGUGCUGGGCACCUGCUGGGGCGCCUGGCUGCCAUCGUUGCUAAGACAACACUGUCAGGGCAGCGUGUUAUUGUAGUCCGGUGUGAGAAAAUCAAUAUCUCCGGAUCAUUCUACCGCAACAAGCUGAAGUAUCUUGCUUUCUUGCGGAAAAGGUGUAAUGUGAACCCCAAGCGUGGUCCUUUCCAUUUCCGUGCACCCUCAAAGAUUUUCCAGAGGACUGUCAGGGGAAUGCUGCCUCACAAGACCACUCGUGGCCAAGAAGCAUUAAAGCGACUCAAGAGUUUUGAGGGUGUGCCCCCUCCCUAUGACAAAGUGGCUCGUAAAGUUGUUCCUGACGCCAUGAGGGUUACUCGCCUCAAACCUGGUCGGAAGUACUGCUUUUUGGGCCGUCUGUCUCAUGAGGUUGGCUGGAAGUACAAGACUGUUGUUGCUACACUGGAAGCCCGCAGGAAGGUUAAGUCAACUGUUAUCUUCAAGAAACGAAAGGCAGACAUGAAACUGAGGAAACAGGCAAUGGCCAAAGUCACCAAGAGGAUUGAGCCGUACACUAAAGUCUUAGUUAGCUAUGGCAUUGAGAGUUAAUAAAUUUGUGUCAUUGG